AUGUCUCACCGUUCUGUCCAUUCUUCGUCCACGUCUUCGCCCGACUCAUCGUUUGAGGAGUUGUCCGAAGCGAAGACACCCACGAGUGAGGGCGGCGGUGACAAUGAGGACGAUUAUCCCGAGACCUCAUCGUUCGAGGAGGUGUCCGAACCCAAGACACCCACGAGUGUCACCCACUCAUCGUUUGAAUUGGUCGACAAAUUGGAUGCAAUUGACAUUCAAAGCGUAUCCGAGACCAAAGAGUUGGCCGAAAGGGUUGAUUGGAUUAAACUCGGCUCCAAAUCGUCGACCGGAUCUACCCUUACGUCAGACCAUUCAUACGACUCCCAACUCUCAAACGAUGGCCAAAACAAAUGGACGACACACUCAGCGCAGGCAAACACACCCUAUAUAGUGAUGGCCAGAGACGACAUGAUUGUCGAUGUGUCCGCUUUCAUCGCACAGAUACAAGAAGUGGUUUGUCUGCCAUUCAAUAGGACGUGGAAUCUACUCAAUGAAUACAAUUGGGAGAAACAAAAGCUUUUAAACAACUUUUACGAUGAGAAUCACAAUCUUCACCACCGAUUGACACAAAUGGUUAUAAAUGGACCGCAAGUUGGAGACGACUAUUGUCUGGAGUGCAAUGAGGUAAUGGAGAAGAUUGACGAUGGCUUUGGUCUGGACUGCGGUCACCACUACUGUAUUCGGUGUUGGAUUUUGUACUUAAGCUCAAAGAUCGCAUCGGCCGUCAAUCUCAAGCAGAUCUCCUGCGCCCACGACUUCUGCGACCAACUUCUCGAUUACAAUCAAGUGUUGGAUCUAUUAGUGGAUCAGUCGUUGAAGGAUAAGUUCGUGCAACUAAUAGUCAACGCGUUUGUAAAUAGCAAUCCGUUGUAUAGAUUCUGCGGCAAUACUUCGUGCGCUCGUAUCAUACGAGUGGUCACUCCGGGCUCUUAUCCGAUCAGAUGCUUGUGCUUAACAGAGCUAUGUUUCCGAUGCGGUCAACCGAAUCACUACCCGAUUCGGUGUCAUCUGAUGGACGAGUGGGCGCUUCGACUCCAUUCGGACGCUAAGGAUAAGUUCCCGGCAAUCAAAAGAUUGGUAUUCAUGUAUUUCUCGCGAAAUACACCGCAAUUUGAAAUAUUUAAGGAAAACUUUGGACGCUUUGAAAUAUCUGUUGACAACCUUUUUGAGGCGAUCGCCAAAGAGAGCCAAACAUUAUUGAGUUGUAAAUGCAAUGCAGAGAAAUGGAUGAAUUCACUGAUUGGACACAUUAAUGACGGUAAUAAUAGCGAGUACUGGGAGUACGAUAUGGAAGAUUUCGUCGCCUUAUAGGCAAUCAUACGAUUCCUUAUUUUUUGUCUUAAAUUUUUAGUUAAUAUAUUCUUUUGGAUUCUUUCUUAUAAUGUUGUGACGAGAAAAUUAUAUUUUGAUUUCAUUACAAUUAGUCAAUAGUCUAUUUGCUAAAUUAGUUUCAAUAGAAAUUGCUAGCAAUUUCUCUAUAAAUAAUAAUAA